CAAAUGCUUCCUUGUUCCUUUCAAAAGAGCACCCGCAUGACAUCUUCUUUCUGAAACUCAAGCUACUUGUCUUCCGCUUACCCUUUUCGUCUUCGUCAACGCCAUGAAAGCGGCGGUAAUUCACGAGUCCGGCGGUCCUGAGGUUCUAAAGCUCGAGGACCUGCCCAUUCCCAUUGCCAAAACUGGCGAGGUCCUAAUUCGCGUCAGAGCGUUUGGGCUUAAUCGCUCGGAGCUCUUUACUCGGCAAGGUCACUCGCCUAGUGUGGAAUUCCCACGGAUUCUAGGCAUCGAGGCUGUGGGCGAGGUAGUUGCAGCUCCCGGAACCGAAUUGAAAGAAGGCACCGCGGUCGCAACGACCAUGGGCGGCAUGGGGCGACAAUUCAACGGUAGUUACGCGGAGUUUACCUGUGUACCGGCUUCUCAAGUCAAGGUGCUGCCAUCCAACUGCCUGACAUGGGAGGCUCUCGGGGCGCUGCCUGAGAUGCUACAGACCGCAUGGGGCUCACUUUUCUCGGCGCUACGACUGAAACCAGAUGAGAGGUUACUCAUCCGCGGCGGUACGACAUCAAUUGGACUCAUGGCUGCGGCUAUCGCCAAAAAGCACGGGGCCUUUGUCGCUGUGACGACUCGCCAGCCAGGACGGGUCACAAUGCUGCAGGAGAACGGUGCAGAUCUUGUCUUCAUUGAUGAUGGAGCGGUUGCUGGGCAGAUCAAGCAGCAGGGUCUGCAGCUGUUCAAUAAGGUCCUUGAGCUGGUAGGCACGGGAACGCUGACAGAUUCGCUCCGCUGCGCCGCCUGGCAGGGUAGUGUUUGUAUGACAGGCAUGGUCGGCAACGAGUGGACUUUUGAAAAGUUUAGUCCUAUGGACAUUGUCCCGCACACCGUUAACCUGACCAUUUACUCCGGCGGGGUGGAGGACUUCAUGGCCACACCAUACGAAGAGCUGAUCCCGCAGGUUGAGGCAGGCAUUUUGAAGGUGCGCCUUGGCAAGACAUUUCAUUUGCAAGAAAUCGUUGAGGCACAUCGCUGCCUAGAAGCUGGCAGUGCAGGAGGGAAGAUUGUAAUCUUAACAACCUAGGUUACCGCAAUUUGGCCAAAUGCAACCUAAGUUGUUUAUUCUAUGCGCUAUGUGGGAUGAAAUAGAGAGGGAUAUGACAUGUGGCAUGACGAGAUUUAAGAUUCGCGAACGAGCUGAAUAACUGUCAAGCUGUUCGAUGCUUUUGCAACAAAUCCGUAUAUAUGAAUCAACCUCUAGACGUACAUACUAGGGGAAGUAUGUAAAAGCCUAAAUUGGAGUGGUG